AUGAAUCAAAUUAUUGGUUUAAUUAAUAAUGAAGGACAAGCAUCACAUAAUAAGCAAUCAAAAGCUGGCACGCUUAAUUUAAGUGAUAUUGUACAUGUUUCAAUGCUUGACGAUAGUGAAAAUUAUAGUGAAAACUUUCCUGAAAAUGCUAAUAAUGAGAGUGUUGAAAUUAAUACACCUGACAGUGAUAUUGAUACUGAUGAUGACUCGAUAUGCAAUGAAUCAGUUAUUAAAGAAUGGACUGAAACUAAUAACGAAGACGAAAAUGAGAAAUUUGAAGAAAUCAGUGUAGAAACAUUAGAUACUGCUGACAUACUUAAUUGUCAUCCAGUUAAUCAUGAAAAUUCAAAACUAGAACUUCAAAAUAUUUUUUCGCGUUUCUUACCUCCUCCCUCAUUUGUUCGUACUCUUCAACAAGAUAUGGACAAUAUUGAAGUACCAUAG